CGCCCCGGAGCCCGGCCGAGCAAGCCGCUCAUGCGCAGCCUGAACGAGCCAGCUCUGCUUCCGAAGACCGGAAGGGAAGGGACAGAACUCAGCAGGGACGCGGGGACCCCGAGAGCCGCGCCCUAAAAGGCGUUCCCAGCAUGCCCUACGAUGCUCCAGUCCAGCGCAGUACUCCAGCUCCCAGAGGCCCCUGCGCGGAGCCGCUCCGCAGCCGCGCCUUUGUGAGCUCUACUGGCGCCGCGAGAUCGAGCCCCGGCCCCGGCCAGACCUGCGUCGGCGCCGAGCGAGAGGUGACGAGGCCUGAGGAGGCGCUCGGUGAGGAGCGAGUUGACUUUCUCAGGACCUCUGCCUGCUCCCAGAAACACAGUCACGAAGCUUUAGCGCCAUGUCCAAGAGUUUGCUGACAUUUGAGGACGUGUCUGUAAACUUCACUCAAGAGGAGUGGCAAUGGCUGAGUGACACACAGAGAGACUUGUACAGGAAGGUGACACUGGAGAACUAUAGCAGCCUUGUGUCGCUGGCAGGCAUUCCUGUUUACAAACCAGCUGUGAUCUCAUUACUGGAACAAGGACAAGACCCCUGGAUGGUGCAGAAGGGAGCAAGAGACCCCCGUCCUGAUUGGGAGCAUAUAGUCAAAGGCACUGAAUGUAUAUCAAAGCAAGAUACUCUUAGAGAAUCUGCCAAAGCCCCAACAAAGGGAAGAAGCCAUUUUCGUUCCAGCCUUGACUGUCCCAAUUUGAAAGAAGACCGUGACAGUGAACACUGGUUUAAGGACAGGUUGGGCGGUCAGGAGGUGCAUUCCCAUCAGUUUCUCAUCAGUCAUAAAGAAGUCCCUGAAGAUGAAAUUGAUGGGUGUAACCCAUCUUGGCAAGCCUUCCGUCGGGAUGCAAUACUAGCUAUGCCACAGAGAUCCUCUACCAAAGAAAGGAUAGAUCAGAGCGAGCCACGGAAGAGGACUUCCCGGAAAAAGUCUGUGGAAAUGAAACCUAAGAAGGUCCAGGUAGAAAAGAAAAUCCUGAAGUGCACUGAAUGUGAAAAAGUCUUUAACCAGAGCUCAUCCCUCACUCUCCAUCAGAGAAUUCACACUGGAGAGAAACCCUACGCAUGCGUCGAAUGCGGGAAAGCCUUCAGCCAAAGCGCAAACCUAGCGCAGCAUAAGAGAAUCCACACGGGGGAGAAGCCCUACGAGUGUAAGGAGUGCAGGAAGGCCUUCAGCCAGAACGCGCACCUUGCUCAGCAUCAGAGAGUGCACACCGGAGAGAAACCUUACCAGUGUAAAGAGUGUAAAAAGGCCUUCAGCCAGAUCGCCCACCUGACUCAGCAUCAGAGGAUUCACACCGGAGAGCGGCCCUUUGAAUGCACUGACUGUGGAAAAGCAUUUAGUAAUGGUUCGUUCCUGGCUCAGCAUCAGAGGAUUCAUACGGGUGAGAAACCAUACGUGUGCCACGUGUGUGGGAAAGCCUUUAGUCACCGUGGCUACCUAAUCGUGCAUCAGAGAAUCCACACAGGGGAGAGGCCCUACGAGUGUAAAGAGUGCAGGAAGGCCUUCAGCCAGUAUGCACACCUUUCUCAACACCAGAGAGUGCACACCGGAGAGAAACCUUACGAAUGCAAAGUGUGUAGGAAAGCGUUCAGCCAGAUCGCUUACCUUGACCAGCAUCAGAGGGUUCACACUGGGGAGAAGCCCUACGAGUGUAAAGAGUGUAGGAAGGCCUUCAGCAACAGUUCGUCGCUUGCACAGCACCAGAGAAGUCACACAGGAGAGAAGCCCUACAUAUGUAAGGAGUGUAGGAAGACAUUCAGCCAAAAUGCAGGCCUUGCACAACACCAGAGAAUCCAUACUGGAGAGAAACCUUACGAAUGUACUAUCUGCGGGAAGGCCUUCAGCUAUAGCGGCUCCCUCACCCUGCAUCAGAGAAUCCAUACGGGAGAGAGGCCCUAUGAAUGUAAAGAUUGCAGGAAGUCGUUCAGGCAGCGAGCACACCUUGCUCACCAUGAGAAAGUCCAUACGAUGGAGUCAUUCUUGUCCCUGUCCCCUUCGGCACCCUCUCUGUCGAGCCAGUUGCCAAGAACUCUAGGGUUUAUCUCCUAAAUCUGACCCAUUGGAACCAUUUAUAGGACAUCAUUCUUGUCCUCUACGGGUCACUCUGUUGUGUGUGGAAGAGUGAAUGAGUUUCUAGUGUAUUCACCCAUGCCUCUUAUCAGUUUCCACACUUCAGCCACACUUUACAAAACACGUUUGGUCGUAUUAUUCAUUCCUCAUUAAGUGAAAUUCCUUACCAACACCCAAGUUUGUAGGUAAAAGGCACACAGUUCUUAAAGUGACCUAACAGGCCACCUUGCCUCCAGAGCGCUGUUUCAAACUACCGGUUAAAGCCUUCAUGCCAAUAUUCCUCUCUCUCUCUCUCUCUCUCUCCC